GCCCGGAGUCGGAUCACUCUGCUCCGCGCACACAACCAAACAGGUAUGUUCGGUCGGUGUGACAGCAAGCCCGUACGAACCUCACUUUCUAGUGCGCGGACUAUCACCAUAUUCAAGUAACGCAGUAAAAUGUAAGUGGAACGCAACGUACUAAAAAUCACUACGAUGGCAAGCGAAUUAAGUUUUGAUGAAAUUCACAAAUAUCUGCUUCGCAACGGCGGACGCGUGCCGAAUGCCGAGAUUGUACGACACUUCAGCCACUAUCUGCGAGAUCCGCUCACGAAAGAGGAUGCGAAAAUAAAGUUUAAAGCCUACGUGAAUGAGCUGGCCUCUACGCGACAAGACGGCGGACAAAAGUGGGUCACCCUUCGUUCUCAUUACCAACCCGCACCAUCAGUUCCGGAACACCCUCGAUCAUACCAGCAACAUUCCUCACCUAAAUACGACCCGCGAAAUUCCAUUGGUUUACCGACAUCUCCACAUAAUAAUAUUGGCAUUCCAAUGUCAUCACCAGGAGUAGUGCAAGCUAUAAAUCCCUUUGUAUAUUCCCCGCAACGUGUUCCACCCCCAUACAGACCGCCUCCACCAGUACAAUCUCCAAACACAUCUUUAUCAAGUGAUAAUGUAUCCAUAUCAUCGUCCAUAUUUUCAAUGAAAACGGAUCAAGCGCCAGUGGUACCGCAAGCACCGCCUCGAAGAAAAAGUAGUGAUAAACUUGUAGCUGAACGGCGGGAAGCAGCUGAAAAUUCAACAUCUGGUUCUGGGAUAAACAAAUAUGCAGAGGCAGGUAAAGAAAACGAACGUCCCGAUUAUGUGAGCAAGGAUAUGGAAGUGGAUAAGGAGCAAAUUGUCAGCGUAAAAGAACGCACGCAGAAAUUUAACCGGCUUGCUUCGGUGGAAGAUGACAGUCCAAAGAUUCAGAAACCCAAGAAAACGCCAGUGAGAAGUAACAACAAGGGGGUCGACGAGGAUGACGGUGCUUCGGUCACUUCGCUGGAGCCCAAGAAGUGCGUCGCAUGGAUGGUGGCGGCCGCCAAGGGCGACUAUCAGGAGCUGGCGAAGCUCGCCAACAAGGAGCCGCGUCUCGUCAAGCUGAAGGAUCCGUACACGGUAAGAAUAUGUCCCACUCGAUAGUGGCACAUCAAUCAUUUUCUUCGUAAGUACAGCCCACUUUGUCUUGUUAAAAAUAGCAAAGACAAAACGGGCAUGCGGCAACGAAGUGUGCGCGACUACGGUUUCUGGUGAAGUAACAAAUGACAGAAGUAAAUUAGGGUACGUUCGGAGCAACUAAUCAAAUUCACAAGUCACACGAAUUUUCGUUUAGCCUCUCUUGGCUACGUCUUACACCGAGCUCUUGUAAUAGAAACAUCGAUUAGGGAAAUCGCUCUAGAAGUUGCAUAGAAAUAUCAACAUCAACACACAAAGAUGUCAUUUGCCCUUCCUUUUUCUGUUAGUUAGUCUACCAUACGAACUGUACCAAAAAGUACGCAACUAAAUAGUUUCGAAAUGAGUACGUCAUAAAUUACGGUCAAAUUUAUCGGUCGUUUAUUCACCAUUAACAUUCAACGAGCUAUCAAACAUCAGAAGAUGAAUUCUACUCGUGUACGCACGAUUCGUAAAUUCGUGUAUUUUCGAGAUUAUACAAUAAAAAUUGUGAGUGGAUGUUUGUUUCUACAUCGCUGCACGUCACGCAUUUCCACCACAUUUCGGGCUCUGACAAUCAAGUGAAAUAGUAAGCAGUGGCCGUUUUUUCUCCGUUGAGGUAUUAAUUACCCUAAGUAGAGGCAAGGAGGCAGGGAGCUCUAAUUAAAAACUCAUUUCAUUAAUAAAUUAUAACUUGCGUCAUUGUUCCCAACUGUUGGCACGGCAAACAGCGACAAUUGAUGAUUUUUGUGUGUUUUGCGGGCCUGUGGUAUAAAAAUGGAGACGUAGAGAAAGAAACGCAAACGGUUUUUACACGCACGCAAGUUGCUUCCGAGCUGUGAAAGAAUGAUGGUAGAUAUUGUAUCUUUUGACGCGUUAAUUGCCGACAUUUGAUUUGCUAAUCGCCCAAGUGCUUUCGAUAUGGUUAGUGCUUUCUUAUUGUUUGGAGAAUUGUACAAAAUGGCGGGCGUCUGUACAGUUAAAAUGCAAGGUUUGUUUUCUAUUGAGCUAAGAAAUUAUUUGGAAACAUUUAAACUUUAUAAAUACCUAGAUUGAUUAUAAAAUUAAUAUUUUUCGACUGCAUGAAUAUAUUUUUUCUAUUUUGAAUAUUUAAAAAAAUAUAAGAUAAUCUAAUCUCAUCCGACAAUCUAGGUAUACUCGUAUAACAGUGGGUACAUAGUCGAAGGAGCAAUUACAAAUUAUUUUUGCAUACACGUAUGUCACGUAUACCAGCGCGUUGGUUUGCAUUAUGCAUAUAUAAUGACGCGUCCCCAGUAAUUACUCUAUUAAAAUCAAAAAUAAUAAAAAGGAAGGAAACCUAGCGGCAUAAUGCCGCUGUGUGUAUGCGAGCGGAAUUAUGAGCGAUGGCGCGCACGAUUCGUGCGACAUUCGAAAAACAGCAGCGAUUAUCUGUCCUUUUGUGACAACGCGACGAGGAUCAUCCACCAUGAAUGGCCGUCCGUGUUCGUGUGUCAGAAGCGACGACAACGCGGUCACGCGAUGUUCCAAUCUUUGUGCGCCGCGGACAGGAACUGCAGAACCCGUCAGUUUUCCAGCCUUUUUGCUUCACGUUUUUAUCCUAUUGUGAAUUUACGUUGGCAUUGGAAAAAACUACAGAUACGCCGUAGUACUUCUAAACCGGUACAAGGUUUGAAACAGAAUUAGAUCCACAUUGUGCAAACUGGCAACUUCCAAACUGCAUUUCCCAGUCCUUAUUAAUUAAUGUCCAAAAUUAUGGUUUAAGGUAUGCUUGUUAUUCUGUUUAAUGAAAUACUGUUUCACCAAAUGUACAACUCUAAUGUGUUGGGCAGUUUAAUAUGUCAACAUUUUUCAGACCUACUUUAUCCGCCAGCAUUAAUUCCACUAAUUAAAGUAUAUUUAAAUUACUAUUUUUUGUUAUUAUGUGCUUGUCAUCCACCCUAAAUGUUUGUUAAGAUUAAUUGCUCCUCACAUUUUGUUUGUGUUUUUGUCCAGAUAUAUGGAUGUGUGUUAAUGAUCAUAUUUUUAUGGUUACAUUUUGCUAUUAAUUUGAGCACUAAAAAUUAUUUAUUGAUUAAUGAUGCCUGUAAAACCGAGAUCAUUACAUGCCUAUAAAUAUUUUUUAUUUUUCGUUCCAUGUCAUCGCCAUGCUCUGCAUCACGAAUAUCGGGACCAUCUUGGAUAUCUUGGAUUGAUUAUGUCUAUUCCUCACGUUACAUCAUUUAAUCGCCUUGUCACAU